AUGUAUACUAGUAAUAAUAUAAGACUGUUGUUGGUAGCUACACUGUUGGUGUUGCUAUCAACAUUCAAUAUAGUUUCAGCAGAUUAUGAAGAUCAUGCCAUCUCUACAGUUACAUAUGGCAGUAUAAUCAAGCUGGGACAUGUUGCGACAAAGUUUAGAUUGCACUCACAUAAGGUCGCUUAUGGAAGUCAGGGAGGCGGUAGUGGCCAACAGUCAGUCACUGGAUUCCCAGAGAAUGACGAUACAAACAGUCUGUGGAUGAUCAAGGGACCACAUGGACAGUACAGACAGCAGGGCACGAUCAUCAAGAAUGGCGACACAAUCAGAUUGAUCCAUCUGAACACCCGCAAGAACCUGCACAGCCAUCUGGCCGUCUCGCCACUCACAAAGAACAACGAGGUCAGCUGCUUUGGCGAGAAUGGCGAGGGCGACACUGGUGACAACUGGGUCGUCGAGCUUAUUGAUGCCGGCGAUCAGUGGACACGUGACGUUGAGUUCAGACUCAAGCACGUCGACACCAAGGCCUACCUCACAGCCAGCGCAAACUACAAGUACCAACACCCAAUCCCAGGUCAACUCGAGGUCUGUGGUAUGAACAAGAAGGAUGCCGACACCAAGUGGAAGGCUGAGGAAGGUAUCUACUUUGAGGAGCGUCAAGAUAUCUAG